GCCACUGGUUUGGAAAUCGGUACAAACUAAUUGUAUGGCCAAGUUUUGAAUAACGGAUUUAAUGGGCUGUUUGUUGCUCGGAAAAUUACGCUAAUAAUCGCGCAUUAGCAGUUUCAACAGACAAUACCCUCACCUCGUACACAAGCAUUGUGAAAACUCCAUCGUCAUUCCCAAAGCAUGGAGAUGUGCAUUUUGCAGGGAAUAUGGAGCAUAAAUUUGCCGGAUAUUUGCACUACUUAGUUUUGAUUCUGAUCACCAUUGAUUUAAACAGAGCACAAGAUGAGGAAUGUGAAGGGUACAUGAAGCCACUGUAUUGCUACGAGUGUCAGACUUCCUCUGAUGAUCCUAACUACUGCUCCGACCCAUUCAACGCCACCAUGCUGGCCCAGAAUGUCUCUAUCUGUGAGGGACACUGUGUCAAGUGGGUCAGGCAGCCUCGUCCUGGUGAGAUGACGUACGUCAGGACCUGUUCCACACGACUGAACCUGAAACUGAUGAUCAACAUUGUCUGUAUGGAGGAAUCGCGCCCCAGUUCCGGACUUCUCUGUUUCUGUAAGGAACCUCGAUGCAACUCGUCGGCUAAGAUGCAAUUUUCGGUUUUAGCAUUUAUAUGUGCUUUUAUUGUGAUAUUAAGAGAAAAGACAUGAAGUCAUGUUUCAUUGAGACGUGACAGACUUCGUAUAUUCUUACAUGGAUGUUCUAGAUGGAUUUAGAACUUUUGUGCAUAUGUAAACACUAAAUUGCAUUCUUCAUGCAGUGCACUUUUCCGUGCACUUUUUAAUACAGUGAACGUUUCCGUGCAUUUUUCCAGACAGUGCACGUUUUCGUGCAAAAUCGAGAUUUUGUAUGACACCGUCACGUGUAUAUUAUAAAUUGCGAGUUACAUGUAUAUCAAUAACACAACACGUUCAGUGUAUAUGACAAUAUGGAGUCAUCGGUUUUUGUGCGAGGGCAUUUGACGACUUUAUAAGCCUUAAUCAAAAAGUCAUGCAUGUGUUAUGACUGCUCUGGGAAACUAGUGGUUAAGAGUGAGGAGUGAUUAUGACGUGAGAAGAUUGCGACUUUUUAAUUGGAUCAUUUAAACAUUGGAUCAUUUGAAUAUUGCACGUUGUUGUUUCUUGUACACAUAGUACAGUAACUUUUAAUCACUACUGGAAUAUGCAACUGAAGGAUGAAAUAAUCACUUUUACACACAUCUUCAUCAGUGAAUUUUUAGAUUUUGCAGCGUUAGCAUCGAUUCAAUAUAAAACUGUUCAUAGAUACUUAUUAAAUGUAUAUAAUUUCACUUUCACAGCCACAGUGUGUAAAACGUUCCCUGCAAUUAAUAUUCUAAUUUACAGUUAAAUACAAUACAAUGACAAUCACAACACAGCUAUAAAUAUGUUCGUUGAAUUAAAGAUGUUCAC